CGCUCUUGUGCGUGGGGAUUCAAACAUGGCAAAGUUUGUUCUUGCAGGCAAAGCUGAUUGUCCUUAUUAUGCAAAGGCUGAGCUACUUUCUGAUAUGCUGCAAAGAAACCUGCCUGAUUUUCACAUUCAUAAGAUCUGUGUGCACCCCGAUGACUGGAAGAAAUGGCUGGAUGACACCUGUGCAUCGAAUGACUGGAAGCAUUCAAGUUCUCCUAUAGUUUGGAGGGAGCUGAUUGAUCGUGGUGGGAAAGGCAAGCUGCUCGGUGGCUUCAAUGAUUUCCUUGAGCAUGUUCAGGGUUACUAUGGCAUCACCUCAGAAAUGACCUCUGAUCUGAUGCUAAAAAUCGCAGCAGAGAAUCUUCAGACCAAAGAACUUUGUGUGCAGGAGGAAGUUCACCGAUGCAAAUCUUUCAGACCUCUGCACAUCUGGAUAAGCAGUGCUCUGAACCCCAUCUGCUACAACCUUAUUCCUGAGCUGUUCAUGCCAGGAUUGUUCCCAGAUCUCCCCACCAUCAGCCUUCAUCUCCUGGACGUUGGAGGCUCCGAGGAGUUGUUACAAGGGCUCAAGAUGGAGACAGAAGACCUCGCCCUACCUCAGCUCCAUGAGGUCACUGUCCAUUUAGAACAGACCCAAGCAUUCCAAGAAGCCCACCUAAUUAUAUUUCUGGAUGAUCUGCUGCCAGAGUGCAAAAGUAAUGAUGAGCAGGAUGACAAGGACCACAUGGUGAGCUGGGUAACAAGAAAUUUUUGUUGCUACGGGCAACUCAUCGAGGCGAAUGCACAGAAAGACGUAAGAGUGAUGGUGGCAGGAGACUCCUUUCUUAAUCUGAAGUGCUCGCUACUUAUUGAGAAUGCACCCUCCAUCGACCCUCACAAUUUUGUGGCCAUGGCAACGCAACUGGAGUACGAGGCAAGAGCUCAGCUGGCACAAAAAUUGUCAGUGAAAACAGAAGACAUCACUGAAGUCAUCAUAUGGGGCAACAUCAGUGGCUGUUCCCACAUUGACCUACAGAUGGCAAAGGUUUUCAAAUGUGAUUGUGCUGUUUUGGGACCAGAUGGCUUUUCUCAGCAAGUCACGGAAAUGAUUUAUGAUUGGAAAUGGCUGAUGUCAGAUUUGAUGGGUUUAGUACAUAAACGCCGUGUCACAGUUUCAUCCAAGACCAACAAAGCCACAGCCAUAUCAACAACCAAUGGAAUAGUCACAGUUUUAAAGGCCUGGAACAAUAAAGUGUCUGCAGAGAAAGUCUUCUCAUUGGGUGUACUUAGUACAGGACAAUUUGGAAUUCCAGUAGGUUUGGUGUUUUCAAUGCCUGUGAGCUUCACAGACGGAUGCUGGUCAGUAUGGUCAGAUGUGACUAUAACAGAGGAGUUGAGGAUGAAACUUUGGACUUGUGUUGAUGAACUCAGAAUGGAGAGAGACAUUGCGGCUAGAAUAUUGCAGAAAGAUUGAAGAUCCAUAAAUCCAUCAAAAUGACAGAUAAUGAUUUUAACUAAAUUAAUAUUUUAACAGCUUUGUGGAUUUUUUUUUUAUUAUCAUUUUCUUCAAUAUAUUGAAUAUAUCACUAUAUUUUGGUUGGCUGUGUGCAAUCUCAG